GCAGAGUCUCCUUUAAUCUGGAGACUCAAACACACACACAUACACACCAACACACACACACACACACUGCUCAGCCGCUUCCCUGACAUCUGCUGCCGCUGCCUCCGCUUUCCGAGAGUCGAGGAGGAAGAGCUCUGUACUGUUCGCUGUGUUUUUCCCCCAUAAGAAGAGAGUGAGAUACUUUAACGGCACCUGAGCGGCGGAGGAGAUAAAGAAAGAGAGAGAGAGGUCUGGGAAGAUCGGAGGGUGAUUGAGCAGUAAUGUCCCUGCACUGAAGUCAAGCUGUCGUCAGUCAGUAUGGAGUCAGGAGAGAGACUGGCAUCCCCCACACACCCCCAGCCGUCUAUCAGAUCUACUGCCUCCCCUUCUUCCUCAUCACCAAACACAACAAACAAGAACGGGCAUUUGUUUCGGAUGGCAGGUGAUUCAGCGUUUGGAAUGCCAGCAGUGUCCAGUGCCUUCCCCUUGGUGACCCAUCCAGCCUUCAGUCUUUACUCCACUCUGACUGGACGCUCUCAAUUCGGAGGCCUGGGGACUCUGGGGCUUCCAGCAGCUCUUGCCACACAUCCCCAGCUUGGAGCUUUUCCAGACUGGUGGCGGGCAUCAGACACUGCACAGGUUCAUGGAGCAGCUGCUGCCCUCUUUCCCCCUCUCCUGGGCCUGCCCCCAUUGUUCAGCCCUCCAAGCCUGAGCACAGACCCCAGCCCUGGGCAAACGAACACCUCCAGCAAGAACAAACAGGCCUCUGCUAAAGGGUUGAAUGGCACAGUGAAUGGCAACAGCAAGUCCACUUCCUCUGGAGCGAGCUCAGCCUCCUCUUCACCCUCUCCAGCUCUUUCGACAAAUGAACAGAGCAAACCACAAACUCACAGCCAGAUGUCCAAACCCACUCUGAUCCACCAGAAUCACUGUAAAACCCCCAAAUCCACUCAUAACCACCUCAAAACCCAGUCGAACAAGUCAGAAAGCAAACCCCAGAAUGGCAGUAGGAACCACAAGAUCAAGGCAGGCCAAGUCCAGGACAAGUCCAGCCACAAAAAGGAGAAGAAACUGUGUAAGACAGUGGUGGAGAUUUCAAGUAACAGCGAUAGCCGUUCAGGAUGCAGCUCUGAUAGCUCCAGCGACACGCUCAGCAGCUUGGACUCGGCUGAUCUAGAAGACGACGACGAUGAUGAUGAUGACGACGACGAUGAUGAUGAUGAUGAGGAUGGAGCUCUGUGCAUCGCCAGCGAAGACUCCGACUCUGAGCGAGAGCAGAGAGUGAAGAAGAAGGUUAAGGGUUCAUCACAGACAGGCAAAGUGAAGAAUGAUUCUGCUGCUGGAAAAGAUGUACACUCUUUAGACCCUCACAUUAGCCUGCUCGCCACCUGCUUCCCCAGACAGAACUCCUCCCAGCCUCUCCCCCAGUCUCAGGCCAGCCCCCUCCUCUUCCAGAGCUCCAGGCCAAAAGCAGAGGCCAGCAAGCACACAAGUGUCAUUCAUGCUACAGGACUAGCAGCCAGCUCUAAGCCCCUCCCCCUCAUCGCCCAACCCAGCCGAGAUCGAGCCGCCUCCUCCAGACCCCCGGCCCCUUCUCCUAAACCCCUGUGUCUCACCUUAUCCCCCAAACCACCACCUCUCUCUUCUUCUCCAAAAAACCUUCCACCUUCUGCUUCUCCCAAACCACUCCCUCUUUCCUUAUCCCCAAAGCAUCGCUCUGUCUCUCCAUCUCCAAAACCGCUUUCUCUCUCCAUCUCUCCACAACCCCUCUCUCAUUCCACCUCCUCUCACAAAGCACACGCUGCCUCACCCCCCGCCAAAACUCCCUCUCCCAGACCUGCCUCCCUGGUACCUGAAAGCCUCAGGACAACCAGCAGGAGCUCCCCUGACAAGCUGCUCCAGCACACCAGUGACUUUUCUCAUCUCAAACAGGACCCCUUCAGACUUGUAUUUCCUGCACAGCUGAGAGAAACCCUAGAAGCCACUAAACUUCUGAAUAAAAUCACACCUCCCGGCGGACGUAAGCGCCAGUCUUCCCACAGCAAACAGCAACACUCCAACCUGUUCCUUCCCUCCGCCCUUCUAGAGAACCCCCAUCCCAAUGGAAUCAUUCACAGUGUCGAGCAGGAUGCCCCACUCGAUCUCAUAACCAAGCCUCGCUCCCAAACCUCCAAAACACCCGAUAAGCCAUUACUAGCAGCCGCCAGUCCUGGUUUUAACACUCCCAUCAACCUAACCACCGGCGCCAAGGAGCGCUCCACUGGACUCACUGCCCCGAGCAGAUCAGCCCAGCCUUCACCCAAUCCAAGCACCAGAGCAGCCCAGAGGAAGGCCUCCAGGCCUGUGCACAGAGCAGGAACACACAGUCACCUUCUCCAGUCCCUGGUGGACGUGUUCAGAGGAACAGAGUCAGAUAUUACCAGCAGCAAGGAUUCGGACGACUCAGUGAUGGAUGAGGAUGAGGCAGAGGAUGAAGAUGAUAAAGAUUCAGACGACAGUUUGACAGACUCUGGCAGUAAUCUGGACAGUGAUGACUCUGAUGAUGUUGACGAUGAUGAGGAUGAUCAGGAAGAUAAAGAUGAAGAAAUGGAGACUGAUACAGAGAAUGAGCAAACGCCACAGAAGCUCAGUAAAAGCGUGAGCUCCCUGACGAACAGCACCCCCACCAUGGUCUCCAGCUCCUCCUCCCUCAACUUACAGAUCCGUAAUCUUUCAGCUAUGCCCAUGUCCGCUCUUGUGACCAGCUCUGGCACUUUGGUCUAUCCCAGCACCCCGUCCUCAUCAAGCAGUCUGCCCACAACUCCAGGCUCAAGGAAGCGGAGGAGAGUGACGGAUGAGGGGGCGUUGCGGAGGCCUCUUGACUAUGGGUGGCAAAGAGAGAUCCGCAUCAGGAAUAUCUGUGGGCGGAUACAGGGAGAGGUUGCCUAUUACGCCCCCUGUGGCAAAAAACUUAAACAGUACCCGGAUGUCAUGAAGUAUCUAGCAAGGAAUGGAAUAAGUGAGAUCACGCGUGACCAUUUUAGCUUCAGCGCUAAAAUAAAGGUUGGGGACUUCUAUGAAGCUAGAGAAGGACCAGAGGGUUUACAGUGGUGCUUGCUGAAAGACGAUGAGAUCAUUCCUCGUAUCUUAGCAAUGGAGGGUCGCAGGGGCCGCCCAAAGAGCUUGGAGUUCCAGUGUCAGGCUGAUGCCUCUGGUAGUGAGCUCCUCCAUUCACGCAGCAGGAAGGGCAGGCAAUCUGCUAACAUGGGGGAGGCUGAAGCAGCUAGUGCUGCAGAUGCCAAACUACUGCGCAGGCUGGAAGCCCAGGCCUUUCUGGGCAUUAUGAUAGGCACUGAGCGAAUGAAUAAUCGCCCUCUACUUCCUGUUUCCUCUGGGUCAGAGAUUGCACGGCAGGCAGCUCAGAUAAAGCUGAUGCGAAAGCUGGAGAAGCAGGCACUUGCACGAGCUGCUAAAGAAGCGAAGAGACAGCAAGCCCUGCUGGCAGCGGAGGAGAAGCGGAAGCAGAAGGAACAGCUGAAGAUUCUGAAACAGCAGGAAAAGAUCAGAAGAAUCCAACAGAUCCGCAUGGAGAAGGAACUUCGGGCUCAGCAGAUACUCGAGGCAAAGAGGAAAAAGAAGGAAGAGGCUGCAAAUGCAAGAAUAUUAGAAGCUGAAAAAAGAAUAAAGGAGAAGGAACUGCGCAGACAGCAAGCCAUGAUUCUAAAGCACCAGGAGUUGGAGAGGCAUAGACUAGAUAUGGUAUGGGAACGGGAGAGACGGAGGCAGCACAUGCUGUUGAUAAAAGCCAUGGAGGCUCGGAAGAGAGCAGAGGAGAAAGAGCGCCUGAAGCAGGAGAAAAGAGACGAGAAACGCUUGAACAAAGAGCGCAAACUGGAGCAGAGGCGGCUUGAGCUGGAGAUGGCCAAAGAGCUGAACAAACCCAAUGAAGACAUGUGUCUGCCAGAUCAGAAGGCUCUGCCGGAAUUGUCUCGGUUGCCAGGGCUGGUCCUGCCGGGUAGCUGUUUUGCAGACUGUUUGAUGGUGAUGCAGUUUCUGCGCUGCUUUGGAAAGGUGCUGGGCUUAGACAGCAGCACUGAGUUACCUUCACUGCAUAUGCUACAGUCUGGACUGCUCAACCUGGGCCCCAGUUCAGCACAACUGCAGAACCUGCUCGUACGCCUGCUCUCAGCUGCAGUCUGUGACCCAGGCAUACCUCCAGGAUACAGAGCUAAAACGGCUCUUGGAGAGCACCUGUGCAGCGUGAACAUAAACCGGGAGAAUGCGUCAGAGAUCCUGCAGAUCUACAUGUCUGCUCAUUGCAGUCAGACUGAGCUUGCAUUUCUGGUUGAGAGCCUGAAAACCAAAGCCUUCCAGGCCCACACCCCCACUCAGAAAGCCUCCAUCCUGGCCUUUCUGGUCAAUGAGCUGGCCUGCAGCAAGAGCGUAGUCACUGAAAUUGACAAAAAUAUUGACCAUAUGACAAACCUCCGGCGAGACAAAUUGGUCAUUGAGGGCAGCCUUCGCAAGCUGAGAAUUAUCUACGCUAAGCGGACAGGGAAGCGCGAGAGCGGGAUAGGAGGUGAGGAGAGCCAAAAUCUAGGGACCCCCAGCUCCAGCCACAAGCGCAAGAGGAAAGUAGGAGACAGUGAGGAUGAUGACGACGAGGAAGAGGACAGUGAUGACCAGGGAGAGGAGGAGGAUGAUGAAGAGGAAGAGGGGCUGAAGAAGGGAAGGAAAACUGAGACCUGUGAAGAUGAGGAUGAUGAUCAGACAGCCAGCUUGGAAGAACUAGAGAGACAGAUUGAGAAAUUAACAAAGAACCAGAGUCUGAUCCGCCGCAAACUUUUUGAGUCAUCACAGUUCUUACGCUCCAUGAUGUUCGGACAAGAUCGUUAUAAGAGGCGCUACUGGGUCCUGCCUCAGUGUGGUGGUGUGUUUGUUGAAGGCAUGGAGAGUGGAGAAGGGCCAGAGGAGCUUCAGAAGGAGAGGGAAAGGAUGCAAAAUGCUCCGCAAGUCCAGGUAAAAGAGGAGCCCAUGGAGGUGCCUGCUGACAAAGCUCUCUGUGCCAGCCCGGAGGUGAAGAGAGAAGCACAUUCCCCAGACCCAAAGCAGGAAAAAGACUCACUUAACCUUUUCCUACAGAAGCCAGACUCCUUUUCCAAACUCAGCAAACUGCUGGAGGUAGCCAAGAUGUCCUCUGAGUCUCAAAGCCAGCCUCAAGGACUUCUGCCCCCUGCUGCCCACCUGCCCACAAACACUCCGCCUACAUUACCCAGCAGCCUUCACACACUUCCACAGUCUUCCACCCCAAACCAGGACGUUAAAUCUGAACUCACCGCUCCUCUCCUAAACCCUACAUUUCUUGGCAACCUGCAGCACCAGCUCCACAGUGACCAGCUCUACAGGGCUCUGACUGAGAAAAACGCUCAUUGGUUCAGCCUGCUGCCACGAUCGCCCUGCGAUAACUUCUCUCUGGCGAACAGUCUCACCCCUCCACCAUCGUCAUCCUCACCUCAGCCUUGCAAUACCAAAGCACAAUCACCUACCAACAACACAACUCAACCCCCCUCCUCUCUCUCUUCCAACAAUAACAACCACCACACAGUCUCCGACACCAGGACCCAGUCCCCUUCUUCUAUUUCCUCUGAUAUCAGCCAGCACUUCACCUCCUCAUCCAGACCCUCUACUCCUGCAGCAAUCACUAACUUUUCAUUAGCUGCUCUACAGAAGCCUGGGAUGCACUUGAUGGGUCUGCCAUUCUGUCAUUGGCCCAAAGGUCUGGCUGGUGUUAAUAUGCUGUUUGGUGGUGUGUCCUUAUCGCCCACACUGGGAAGGAUAUAUGCUGAGGCAGAAGGAAACGGAACCGGGAACCUUUUCCAGACGCCCACUAAGAGUGAGUCUCUGGAGCGGUCCUGUGAGAAGCCCCCUGCUGCUCCAUCCCCUGUUUUGGAAAUUAGUAAAAACCAGGACCUGCCCUUCCCGCAGCCAAUUCCAGAAGAGAUGCUGACUGGCUGGUGGAAGGUGUCUACUUUGGAGGAAUUGAGCAGUAUAGUGAAUGCAUGCCACUCGCGUGGGAUCAGAGAGAAAGUCCUGCAGAAACAGUUACAGAAGCACAUGGAGUAUAUAACACAAGUCUGUGCCAAGAACAAAGACGCUGCUGUGAUUGAUGUGUGUGAACUGAAACAGAGCCAGGUGUCUGAAGAGACCGUGCUGAGCUGGUGUGUAGAGGAGCAUGCCAUGGAUCUAGACAUUGCUGUGCUGCAGCAGGUGGAGGAGCUUGAGCGCAGAGUCACCUCAGCCAGUCUGCAGGUCAAGGGCUGGAUGCCUCCAGAGCCGCAGUCUGAGCGAGAGGACCUGGUUUAUUAUCAGCACAAGGCCGUCAGUGAGAAUGACAGCGAGCCAGCGGACAAAUUGGAAACAUCCAUUGUACGGCACGCUAAUAAUCCUUUGGACAUAGCAGUGGCACGUCUGUCUGAGCUGGAGCGGAGCAUCGAGAGAAGGUACCUGAAGAGCCCCUUAAGCACCACCAUUCAGAUCACUCUGGAUAACGUGGGUACGGUCACCGUACCAGCUCCUGCACCAUCCCCUAGUGCUGAUGGUGAUGGAGGUGAGGAGGAACUGGCUCCAGGGAUGAAGCAGUGGCGGAAAGCACUGAGUGAGGUGCGCAGUGGAGCCCAGCUUUCUCUGUGUUUGCAACAGCUGCAGCGCUCCAUUGCAUGGGAAAGAUCAAUCAUGAAAGUGUACUGCCAGAUGUGCCGGAAGGGGGACAAUGAGGAGCUGCUGCUGCUGUGUGAUGGCUGUGAUAAAGGAUGCCACACAUACUGCCAUAAACCUCAAAUCAGCACCAUCCCUGAGGGAGACUGGUUCUGCCCUGCUUGCAUAGCCAAGGCGAGUGAUUCAUCCCAGAAGAAUAAAAAGCAGGCCAGCCGGACUAGCGGAGGGGCAAAAAAGCCAUCCGAGGUCAAGCGCAGCAAGAAAGCAUGUGUAGCAGGAGAGGGCUCAGAAGAAGACUCGGCCAGCACCAGUGCCAGCAGCACACCCAAAAAAGGGACAAAGGAAACAAAGAAGAGAAAAACUGAGAGCUUGUCCACGGAUGCUGCCCAGGAGGAGAGCUCAGGACAAGUCAAAAAGGCCAAAACAACACGAGACAACAGUAAAGACCUGGAACUCUGCAGGUUGCUGUUGGCAGAGCUGCAGUCUCAUCAGGAUGCCUGGCCUUUUAUGAUACCAGUAAAUCCUAAAUCAGUCCCCGGAUACCGCAAGGUCAUCAAGAAACCAAUGGACUUCUCCACCAUCCGUGAGAAACUCUCCAACAGCCAAUACCAGAAUCUAGAGACCUUCAUCAUUGAUGUAAACUUGGUUUUUGAUAACUGUGAAAAGUUUAAUGAGGAUCAUUCUGAUAUCGGACGUGCAGGACACAAUAUGAGGAGAUUUUUUCAGCGGAGAUGGACGGAACUUUUAAAACAGAUUAACUAGAACUGGCUGCAAGUCCUUAACCUCAGUACACAGAGCAGCUUUCUGCUGCUGUUUCAGAUCUGUGAUCAAAAAAUGCACUCAUCUGCAGACGUCUCUGUUCACAGGAACACUUGAUACCAGCGUUUUACCAGUCUUCUUUACUGAUGGUGGAUGCACUUAGAUUGCUACAAAACAAAAUAGGGUGUUUUUUGUGCAAUAUCGGUUUUGUUUCUUUAAAGAAUUCCUUCACAGCCCUUAUUCAUUACAGAAUACAUCUGCCUGUACAUAUUUUACUAUUUGUGUUGUUGCUUUUUUUUAAUAAGCUUUAUUACAGUGAAUGUAUUUAAUUUUUGUUAAUUAUUUAUGAUUAAACUGGUCUUCAUUUUCUAUGAAAAGGAGGAAAUGUAAAAAAAAAAAAUCAUACUGAAUGUGCUGGAGCUUCGUGUUUUUGUUUGUUUUUUGGUCCUGAAAUAAAAAUCAGUAUAAAAAAAUGUUUACAUUGUUUGGUGCCUUAGCGGUACCAGUAGACACAUUACUGUAAUACAGAACUUGUGUACAAAAUGUGUUCAAACUAUUCAAAUGCUGAGACUACUACAUGUGUACAUAGUGUCCAUUUAUGUUCAUACUUGUUGUGGCAUAUGUAUGAUGUGUACAUAAUGUUGCAAACUUCCUUUAUGCCUUAGAUUUACUGAUUAAUGUUGAAAUUAUUUCACUCUGAUAUAGACUACAGUAUUACAGUGUUUAUGGCGCUGUUCAAACCCUAAACACUGUGGUCUCUUUCCACUUUCCUAGUGGCCUAGUCCUCUGUUAACACUGAAAUGAGUGCAUAUUUCUCUUCUGUUUAGAAAUCUUGAAUCUGUGGUUCUCAGUGCUACUGAUGGCGUACCCAUGUCCUGCACAUGUCUGUGUUUUCUAUGCUCUAGUUCCCUUUGAUUUAGCUCCUGAAUUAUAAUUAACUCAUUCAUUUGAGUGUGUUCAGAUAGGAAAAGUGAAUGGAACAUUUCUGCAGGACAGUCGAGCUCCAGGAGCAGACUGAGAACCAGGGUUUUAAAUCACACAAAACUGACAGACCUCAACUUUUCCCCUUCUGAUCAGAUCCCCCUUCCCAGUGCGGCUGAUCUCUGAAAACAAAAAUAGACCUGGAACAUGAAGGCCUCUGAUGUGCUCACAGCCUGCCAGCACAUCUUUUACUGUGUCUGCUCGCAGGACUCCAGCACGCUCAGAGAAUGCUAGUUCUGAGCCAUGAAAGCAGAGACAUGCCACAUGAUGAUUGAGAUUGAGACCUCCCCUGUGACCAGGCAUGGACGAGCCAUGAUGCAGCGCCUUCAGAAUUCCUGAAGCAUCUUUCCUGUUAGCUUUGGCCACAGAUACAAGGCUGUCACUAAUUCUCUGCUCAUGCUGUCUUUUCCAUCAUGCUGUGAUAACUUUUCUUCCAGAAGACCCUCAUGGGAAGAAAGGUUUUCUGCUGGUGCUGUUGUAAAAAUGUAGCAUCCCGGUCUAAAAAGUUUUAUUUUAACUAGUGUUGGGAGAGACCCAAACUUAAUAAAUGAUGUUUCUAAACUUAGAA